UUGACGAACACACCGUUGCAGUGGAGCUAAUCCCCAUGGCUGGAAGUAGUUUCGCCUUUGCUUUUCAGCCAAUCAACUAACGGCCUCAUCGAUAUGUUAUCGCCAAGCUCUUACACUCAACGCCUCAUCCCUAUCCUCUUUGAGUGCCCUACACUUUAAACACACAAAACCCUACUCUGUGACUCCCAUUUGUAUAGAAAGAAGAAGCCACUCCAAACUUUGCUGCGUAACUGUACCCAAUACACAACCUUCCGAGAGAAAGAAGGAAAAAUAUCCAACGCCAUCAUGUCUUAUCAAACACCACCAGUCUAUUCCCCCAUAUCUUUUUCUUCCUCUUCAUCUCCUUCAUCAUCAGACACAAGCGCAGGAGCGAGCGCGCCUCGAACCAAGCGCGCGCGCGUAUCCGCAGAACACACACUAAACCGCGUGCGAGAAAACCAACGACGGCACCGUGCCCGCCAACGCGACCACGUCACUUCACUGGAACUCAAGCUGGCCGAGACGGAGAGACUAUUAGUAGAAGCAAGAGCAGAAAUCGCCUUACUCAGACAACAAGCCGCAGAAAGAGACGAAUACAACGGUAGAAACAUGAAAAGCGGAAUACUAGAAAAAGAUAUCAUAUCCAUCACACCACCGACAUAUACAUCGAUUCAAAACCAGACCGCACUAUUUCUCAUCCCAGCACAAAACGACAACAACAACAGCAGCAACAGCAAUCCAACCUCUCAGAACGACGACGUCUACCCGGAUAUAUCCCAACUCCCAGACCUAUCCUUCUUCGCCGACACUACAACCACAGCCACGACCAUCACAACAGACUCAACCUACUUCCUCUCCCCCCUCACCCUCCCCACCGACCUAUCUCUCGCCCUCGCCCUGCCCAGCCCCAGCCCCAGCCCCAGCACCCCUCCAUCCCUCGACCUCCAAGAUGCCGCAAACGGUCCCCCACCCUGCUGCUCCGACCCCCCACCUUCCUCACCCUCCGACCCCGAAUGCACAACCUGCAAGACGCGGCCCCCGCCCUCGCCCACCGAAAGCACCACGCUCUGCGCACAGGCGUACGUGCUGAUUCGGCAGCAAAACUUUCGUAAUCUGGACCCCCAUACGAUUCGGCUGUGGUUGGCGCAGGGUUUACGUAGGGCACAGAGGGAAGGCGAGGGUUGUAGGGUUGAGAAUGGGGCCUUAUUGCGGUUGUUGGAUUUUAUUAGUGGGGUUUAGUCCGAUUAAGAUAUGAUCAAAAGGAAAAGAACAAUUUACUUCUUCGGUUCUUCAUCGUUUUUAUCAACCUUGAGUAUGAAAGGUGGAUUUACCGGAGCAUAUGCAUGCACGAUACACAUCUAAGCAUGGGAGAAGAAAGAAAGAAAAAAAAAGUGUCGUGGCUGUUCAAUUUUUCAUUACCUUAAUCGCUAUGCAGACAAAGAAGAAGAAGAGAAAGAAAGAAAAGGACAAGAUCCAUAUAAAUAUA